GAUAUUAAUAAUGAACAAACUAAAGCUUUGAAGAUUCUUCUAGUUGCAAAACAACACAAGAGUGGGUCUGUUCUUUCACCCACUUGUUUAGGAUUCAAUUUGGAUCUUAGUUUUACUCUUUUAUAUGUUAAAGAGCUCUUUAGAUGCUAAUUUAGCUUUUUUAUAGGGCUAAAGUUGAAGCUUUUUUUUUUGUGUGUGUUAUUGUCUUUAGUUUAAUUGUGGUGCUGUGUUUUGCAGGGACAAAGUGAACUUUGUGAUGCUAAAUGUGGACAACACGAAAUGGGAGCAACUAUAUAAAGGCACUGUGUAUGGCAGCAUUCUAUGCGCGCUCUGAAGAGGCUCGCCAAAGUCAUUCAGUUCACAAGCUUGCAUUGGGUGCACUUGCGCUGGAAGAUACACUCUCCAAAGGGUUGCCAAUCCAAAAAGAGAUAGAUAUCAUUAGCACAUAUAGCAUCGUGGCUCAAGUUCAAGGAAGUGGACCAAUCUAACGGAGUCAUCGAGUCUGUAAUUACAAAGGUCGAUAAUUGUUUGGCCGAGGGAAAACUAGCAGAAGCAGCUGCUGCACUUGAAGAAGGUGUUAAAGGAAGGUAAAGCGGAGGAAAUAGUGAAUGAAUGGGUGAGACGUGCAAGAAACAGAGCCAUCACAGAACAAGGCUGUAACUCUUCUCCAAUCUUAUGCAACUUGCGCUAGUCUCACUUGAUCAUUGAUCUUGGUCAGAGGAAAAAUCAACACCACCUAGUCUCAAUUGCUGCGUCUCUUUCUCACCCCAACACGCUGAUAGUAUUGCUUUUUAAUAAAUUUGUGUGUUUUUAUGAUGUGUAAGAGCUUGUUGACAAACAAAACUAAACUCUUGGGAUUUUUCUUUAUCAAUAUUUAUGCACCAAGCUUGUUUUUGUUA